GCGUCCCAGGUUGGCGGCCCCGAGCCGAGUCCGCGGCAACAGCGGCGGCGGCGGCCAGAGGCGGAUGGUGGCGGGCCCGGUGCGGCUCCAGCCGUCUUCCUCGCCCGCGCAGCGCUAGCUCGCCCCGCGGGAGAGGGAGACCUGGCGGCGCUCGUGGCUAGGACUCGGGUGUCUCAGUCUCCGGGCUCCGCGGGAAGAAGCCCAGGGCUCCCAGGUGAAGCCGGUGUCCCAGAGCGAUCCCGGAACGCCCGCCGCCGCAUCGCUCCUCCUGGAAACCUCGGACGCCGAGCUUUUUCCAGCGCGUACAGUGCAGGGCGUGCGGGGAAAGAGGGGUGCACGUAAGGGGAAGGGGUGGCCGGGACACCGAUAAUGGACGCACAGACGUGUCGCAUGGGCUGUCGCUGCCUCCUGCUGCUGGCUCUCGUUGGGGCUGCCCGGAACGAGGGUGUGCAGAGCUGCGAAGAAGUUCGCAAACUUUUCCAGUGGCGCCUGGUGGGAGUUGUCAAGGGGCUGCCGGAUUCGCCUCGGGCAGGACCUGAUCUUCAGGUUUGCAUAUCCAAGAAACCUACAUGCUGCACCAGGAAGAUGGAGGAGAGAUAUCAAAUCGCAGCUCGCCAAGAUAUGGAGCAGUUGCUCCAAACAUCCAGCUCAACACUAAAGUUGCUAAUAUCUCGAAAUGCAGCUGCUUUUCAAGAAACCCUUGAAAAUCUCAUCAGACAAGCAGAAAACUAUACCAGUAUACUUUUUUGCAACACCUACAGGAACAUGGCCCUAGAGGCAGCUGCUUCAGUUCAAGAGUUCUUCACUGACAUAGGACUCUACGUAUUUGGUGCGGAUGUUAAUCCUGAAGAAUUCGUGAACAGAUUCUUUGACAGUCUUUUCCCUCUAGUCUACAAUCAUCUCAUUAAUCCUGGUGUGACUGACAGUUCCCUGGAAUACUCAGAAUGCAUCCGGAUGGCCCGCCGGGACAUUAGCCCAUUUGGUAAUAUUCCCAAAAGAGUAAUGGGGCAGCUGGGGAGGUCGUUGCUGCCCAGCCGCACAUUUCUGCAGGCAUUGAAUCUGGCCAUUGAAGUCAUCAAUACCACAGACCAUCUGCACUUCUCCAAAGAGUGCAGCAGAGCUCUCUUGAGGAUGCAGUACUGUCCUCACUGCCAGGGUUUGACUCUCAGUAAGCCUUGCAUGGGAUAUUGCCUCAAUGUCAUGAGGGGCUGCUUGGCACACAUGGCAGAGCUUAACCCACAUUGGCAUGCAUACAUCCGGUCACUGGAAGAGCUCUCAGAUGCCAUUCAUGGAACAUAUGACAUUGAACACGUGCUCCUGAACUUCCACUUGCUUGUUAAUGAUGCUAUGAUACAGGCUCACCUUGAUGGACAAAAGUUACUGGAACAGGUAAAUAAGAUUUGCGGCCGUCCCACCAGAACACCUACACAAAGCCCCCGUUGUUCUUUUGAUGGGAGCAAAGAGAAGCAUGGAUUGAAGAUCUCUGUGAGACAUGGUGAAGAGACACUUGCCAACAGAAGAAAAGAUUUUAUCAACAGUCUUCGACUGUACAGGACAUUCUAUGGAGGCCUGGCUGAUCAGAUUUGUGUUAAUGAAUUAGCCGCUGCUGAUGGGCCUUGCUGGAAUGGAGAAGAUAUAGUAAAAAGCUAUACCCAGCAUGUGGUUGGAAAUGGAAUCAAAGCCCAAACUGGAAAUCCUGAAGUCAAAGUCAAAGGAAUGGAUCCUAUGAUAAAUCAGAUUAUUGAUAAACUGAAGCAUGUUAUUCAGUUGUUACAGGGUAGGUCACCCAAACCGGACAAGUGGGAACUUCCCCUGGGCAGUGGUGAUGGAAUGGUCGAACAGGUCAGCGGCGACUGUGACGACGAAGAUGGUUGCGGGGCGUCAGGAAGUGGAGAAGUCAAGAGAACACUAAAAAUCACAGACUGGAUGCCAGAGGAGAUGAACCUCAGUGAUGUAAAGCGAAUCCACCAAACGGAUGGUGGUGGUACUUUAGAUACAACAGGAGCGGGAUGUACAACAGCAACUGAAUCUUUGGCAUUUACUCUGAUGGGUGCAGUGAUGUUACUUCCUGGGCUUUGGUAACUAAACAAUUCUGCUUUGAUAUAUAUAUGAUAUUGGAGCCUUGAUUUCUCCCCUCUCUUCAUUUGACUGGAUUAAGACUUUUUUGAAUGUAACAAUUGUAUUUAUGAAAAGGUAUGUCACACUAACUUCUUUAAAGCCCAGUUGGAAUGCUCACAAAGUAUCUAAAAACUAACAUUUAAGUGAUAGACUCUGAAAACAUGUCUUGAUUCUGAAUUAAAUCUUCUUAAAUUCUAGUGUAUUAAACCUGCAAAUACGAAAAGCACAGAAAUGGCUUUGACUACGAAAGUUUUACUAUAUCUGUAAUUUUAUUAUCCUUGAUUCCAACUUCUUCCCUUUCUAAAUGAAAAAUGCUUUAAACCGAACGUGUAUUUGCAGGACAAUGAAAGCAAUACAUUGUGUUUCUUAAAAUACUUAAAAAUGGAAUUAGAAUUCCAUUAAAUGAAUCAAAGCAAGCUAUUAAUGGCAAAUAGUAUGCAUGCAUUUUCAAGAGAUUCUUCCAUUUUUGCAAGUUAUAGAAAUAAAUUACUGAAAGCAUAUAAGUCAUAGAGUAGAUUGUUGAGGAGCAUUUCACAUAAUUUCAUUAAAGAAGCUUAAUCAUUUUUAUCUGCUGUAAAGUAGCCACUGACAAACCUUAAAGCUGAGUGUUUUGGUAGCAUCUGAUUUGUAUUCCAUUAUAUUCAAAAUGCAUCUUUGGUAUUGUGGCUCUGUUCCUCUCUCCUUGCCUAAUGGAUUUAGUUGUGUUGCUAAGUACACACCUGCUCUAGGAAUAUCUUUAAUAAAGCUGUCAAUUGUUUGGUGGAAAACGUUAAAGAAUAUUGAUCAUUUCUUCUGGCAAAUGAGAUAUUCAUACAUUUUCAAAAUAUUUAUUUUUAAAGCUUGAUAUUAAGCAAUUGACUAUACAUUUCAAAGGUUCCUCUGAGUAUCUAAAGACAUGUACUCAGACAAAAAAAUGUGGCACACAAUGCUUUAGCUCCUUUCCUAUUUGCACAUUAGCAGGGCUGCUAAUCCACAGCCCCUGAUUUCCAGUGUGAUAGGAUGUCUCAACAGACACUGUCUAGAAUACAUCUAUCACAGUGCUUAAGGAGGAAGAGAUAAGUCAGCUUUUAAUAAGAAGUAUCACAUUCAAUCGAUACCCAGAAAAAUAUGAAGUUCCAGGAUAGAAAAGACAAGUGCUGAACUUUUAAAAUAAAAGGAUUUGAAAUAACCUCUGAAAAAGAGUUGAAGAUGGCCCAAUUGACAAAAAUAUUUGUAAGAUGAAAUCACUCUUCCAAAUCAGGAGACAGUGUGUGAUCAAACCAUGUUCUUUCUUAGGGUCUCAAUUACCCAAAUGAUCUGAUGAUGGUCAAUUUAAACUACAAUAUGUUUGAAAUGCCAAAUCAUAUUUUCUUGUCUGUUCAAGCAUGCCUCAGAACUGGAAGUGUUAUUCUCUCUGCCAAUUCUGGAUGUCAUUUUCCUAGGCUGCCAUUCCAGAUUUUAAUGUUUAUUCCAUGAUCUACUUGGUUUACAACUCAUUUGCACUGCCACACUCCACAGAUUAUAAAUUUAAACAUAUAUUUUUCUAAUCUUCAUUUCAACCUCAGCUCAUUAUUUAAAUAACUCUGAAACAAAUAAUACUAAGUUAUCCAGUUGCUUCACGCCAGCCCAUGUCAUGGUCGGCUUGCUCUGGCAAAACUGACCCAACCUUAGAGGAAUUUGAAAGGGAUAAACAAACUGAAGGGCAUAGUUCAGCAGUCUAAAAUGUUUCUGGAUAAAAUUAGUUGAUAGGAGAUAAUUUUAGAUAUGGCUGGAAAUGGAUAAAAGCAGCGUAGUAGCCCAGACACCAGUAGGAAUAUAUAUAUUUUUUCCAUCCCAGCAAGAUUUUACUGUCCCUCUGCAGUAUCUCUCUUAUUUGCAGUGUCCAUCCUCUUGCUGUGAAUUUUUACACACCUGUGUAAGAGGAAUAUUUUUAUUAACUAAAUUUGACAGACUCCACUGGGUGUUGUUUACCUCCAGGUAGGCACUUUGGAGACCAUAUAUCACAACAAUGCUGCUGGAGCUCAAAACACUUGGAGGUUUGUAGAAUUUCCUUAAGAGCCUGUGGCAAGUUUUUUAAAUAUUCUCAAUGAAGAUGUUCGUUCCUUACUCCUCUAGCAUUUUACGUGUGUAUGGCCCUUCCUAAUUUACAAAGCUCUUUCAAAUGAGACACAGUAUGUGUGAUCAAACCAUGUUCUUUCUUAGGUUCUCAUUUGAACUUCCUCAUUCUUUGAGGAUGGGCCCUGUUUUUAGUUAAAUAAAAACAACACUGAGGGUUUUUUUAAAUAUGGCUCAGAAUUUUCUUUUGAAGAUUUUCCCAUAAGUAGUCUAAAAAGUUUUUGAGCAGUGGCAAAAUUGUGAGAAUGUGUGUUUACUUUCCAGAAUGAUUUAAAGGAUAAUAUUCAAGUUUGUGUACAUAUUUAAAAAUAGUCCCAUCUUACUCUGGGAUCAUUCAAAUAAAGACAUUUUUCUUGAAUCUCUGAGUUAUUUUUAUAUCAGUGUAAAUGAUUAUGAAGCAGUCCAGUGUUCUGCAUGUAUUGGGGAAGAACUGGUUAACAAUAUGAGCUAACACUUACUUUACGUUUCCUCGGUAUAGACACCAUGGUAAAUGCAUAUGUGCACAAUCCCUUUAGUCUCCCCAAAACAUCAUCACCUCCAUUUUCCCAGGGAGGAAACUGAGGCUUAAAAAUACUAUGUAAUUUUUCUGGGGUCAUACUAGUCAGAGUAGAAUCAGAUGGGAGAUUGUAAUGCCUCUGAAUAAACAGUAUACAUUCCUGGUUCAAAGAUGAUGAUAGCUCUGGAAGAGUAAAAGAAUCAUCCAGUUAGCAAAAAAACCAUUUAGAGGUCACGUAAGUCUCCAAGCUAGGACUUAAAAAACUGACUGCUUAAUUAUAAUUGUAUAAUUGUCAAGCCGCAUAUUAAUGUUAAAGCCUAAUGAGGAGAAACGGAAACAUGAAUUUUGCUUUGAGCACCAGGCAUGACUCUCCCCCCACACGUGUGUGUAAAUUCCACUCAAACACUUCAACCCUCAAAAUAAAUCAGCUACCAGAGAUGAGAAGGAAAACACACAAGUUUGAUAACAUAUCACAGAAUCAUGAAAUGUCUCUUUGUUUCCUGGGCAACUGAAGGGUAUAAACAUCUCUUUGCCCAUAAGACACAGGAAGGCAUGGCAAGGAAGGAAGGAAGGGAAGCAGGGAGCAGGGGGAUGGGUGGAAUAUUAUUUUUAAACUCCCAGAUUUGCCUCUUAAUCCUCCAUUUGUUCAGGAACCCUUAUUAAUGAAAUAAUGUCUGGAGUGUUCCCUUCUCAUGAAAAGACAGAACUUAAUAAGCUAUUUCCUCCCAAACACUCAGGUUUUUCUGAAGUGCUAAACAAUGAUGUUUGAAUAGAACUCAAUUAGCUUAUUGAUAAUUGUUUUCAAUCACCUGAAUUAUUGUCUCUAUCAUCAGAACCCUUCAGGUGCAAUAAAAAUUGCUUUUUCUUGAGUGAAUGAAUUCAACCUAGACUUCUAUUAUUCUGUGAGAUAUUUACAGAGCAGUUGGUGAUAUCAGUAUUUACUUGGGUAGCAAACUUUGGUAUCUUAUACAAUCACACGGGUUGUAGGAAAAUUAAAAAUUAAUAAUUAUUAAUGUUGCUGGGUUUGACUUUGGGCAUGUCAAGUUUGUCUUUAAAUAGCAUAUUGUUUU